GUUCACCACGACCGCCGUGCGAGAAGGGUCGUUCGUGCGCGCGCCUCGUGCGUUUAUUUCCUUCUUCGAAAAGUCACGCGACAUCGUGGAAAAAUUGUGUAUUUUAUAACUUGUGAAGUUUUCAUACUGGACGAAAAAUAAGUGAUGAAUUAGGAAAAAUAAUUCUGGAAAAAUGGCACCACUCCGGUCACUUUUACUCUCAGUUUCCCUCAUUCUUGUCCUCGCAAGGGAACAAUCGGCCGUCUUAGGAGUUGAAGACACAACGGUUGAAGAUCUGCAAAAAGUACCACUAAACUUCACUUCUUCUCGUACAUCACUCAUUGCAGAUGAUCGCAGCAAAAGUGCGACGAUGCUUCUUCAAAAAGAUUUAAUUAAAAAUUCAUCUGAGGAAGACAAAAGUGAUGAAGACCUCGAUGAAAAUGAAGCUAGUGAAAAAGAAGACGAAGAUAACGGUUCUGCAGAGGAUGAGUACGAGGAUGAACUGAAAGCUGUGGCGGAGUCCCAUGAGGCAAUGUCUCACGACGAUACAAAAAAAUGCAAUACAUCCUUUUUUGAUGGCAAAAGCUCCGACGAGAAGCUGAUCACCGCGAAGAAUUUUGAUUCUAGAGAGAAGAGUGUCGAGGAAACCUCAGAUGAAAACGAGAGCUCGAACGAAGCCGAUAUUGACGACGAUAUCCUCAAAGAAAAAAAAGACAAAGAGGUGGCUGAGCUUUUGGAGAAGAAAAGAAAGCGUUUACCAACAGUGAAGAAGGAAUUGAGAACUCAAAAAGAAAUCCAGUCAGCGAACGAAACGUUGGAGGAAGAAAUGCUGACUGAAAAUGUGCUGAAUUUACUGGUAAAAUUGGCAGAGGAUCCUAAGCGAUGGGAAAGAGUUCAUCAACUCCUGAUGGACAUCGAGGGUGGUUUAGAACACUCACGUCAAGCUUUGCAGACUAGGAAGCGAAACCUGCUUCCAUCUUCUUUUCUCUACCCAUCUUCUACAGCCCCAACAGUAAACGAUCCACUGAGAACGUUCAAGAAACCAAAAAAGAAAAAAAAGAAGAAGAAGCCUCAUCAGAAAGUUACAACAUCACUGCCUAUGACGACCCCUUUAAUUGAAACCACAGAUUCUCCUUGGUUAACAACACCUGUCCCGUGGCGACUCGUUGCUGAGAAAUUGUUUAGGAAUCCCUGGAGAGAGGAAUCGAGGGAGGAGAAUCCAAAAAAUAUGGCCAAAGUGAGGUACUCGAUGAUGUCGAAACCUCGCACCCCACCUCCUGGGCAUCAGCUGAUAGAUGAGAAGCAGAGGGAGACCUUGAAGGCUUUAAAUAAUCAGAGGGAGGCUUUGAUGUUGAAGAGUGCAAGGGAGUACUCUCAACCACGACUUCUUCAUUUUGGAAAAGUUAAUACCCAUCAGAUACCUCUGGGACAUCGAGAGGUGCCUUCCGUCUUUGAUGAUGAUCCAAUGCGAAACAGAGACUACGAUCCUCCAGAACUUCUUCACUACCAGUCCUCAAGGUUCCCCCAAUAUAAUCCCUUUCCAAAAGAUUUUCCCUUGGAGAGGUUCCAAAAUGACUACCAGGAUGAUUUCGCACUUCAGUCUGGUGAGUUCGCCAGAAAUCGGGAAUACAGACCUAAGGGAAGAGACUUUGCAGCUAGUAAGACCUGGCAAGAUUCCCAGUUUGAUUACGAAAGACCCUGGAACCUUGAUGAUAGGACACUCCCGAUUACUCCUAGCAAGUGGUCAUGGAGACAACCAGCCAGACAACCUGAUCUUAAGACCUGGUUGCCCUGGAGGAAACCUUGGAAAGGGGAUUACUGGUCGAGACUGGAGAGUGAGGAUGAUGAGGAAGGUCCUCUGGAGAAGUCUUGGCAGAUGCAUCAAAAACACCAUCAGCAGCCUUGGAAAUUGGGGGCUGGCACUUCUUGGCCCGGGGAUAAGUCUCUUCAGGUACCAACCUGGCCAGAAAAACUCAGCCAGAAUCGUCACCAGGACCAAAUUCUCUCCUGGGACAAGGGCAAGAAUCGAUCAGAGCUGAAACUAGACUCUCUUAAGCAGGAUUCCAAAGAAAAGGGUGUAGUCCCCAAGAUUACAAUGAAGUCCUGGAACAGUCUAACAUCUGACCCAGCCACCUGGCCCUUCAGACUCCCAGCAGCCAAACCCUGGCCUAAGGACCAAAAUGGAAAAUCCUACAAUCCCAAUGCUGACCUCGUCAGGAAGCUGGGGCUAGACAAGCAAAACAGACUUCUUCCUGAAAAAAAUCCUUCUAAGGAUUUUAAACCUUCAGAGACCAAGUACAAAGAAAGAACACUCAUGAAGGAUUCUAAGCUGAAAGUAGGAAAGGACUCUGUCUGGCCUGUGAAGGUUUCAGGGGUUGAUGACUGGAUGAGUAAGGCCCCAAGUUCGGAGAACCUCUCUGCUGAUGACGACACUAGGUCUUGGACUGAGAAUAUGAAUCCUGGUGGAAAAACUUGGCCUGGAGUUGGUAAGAAUGUCUCACCAAAGAUACAGUCGAUGGGAGGUUGGGAACCGGUGAACAAAUCAACAUGGAGGCCUUAUGAAUUGAAGCACAUGGAGUCCUAUGAUCAAGAACCUAGAAAUCGACCUUGGCCUGGAAGAAGCAAUAAUGAGAGGAUGUGGAACUCCAAAUCAGAUGGAGGCUCCUGGCCUCAGAAGAUGACUGAUGACUGGAAUGAGGGUUUUGGAAAGCAGACUGGAACUUCGAGUAAUUGGCCUUCCAAGUGGAAACAAUUUGCUUAUCACAGAGUGACAGCAAUGCCCCUUACAAAAUCUGGAACUUCACUUGAAGGUUCUGUAAAACCAAAAAAUGCCUUCAUCGCUGUCUCUGCAGUCUCAUCUCCAAAAUACAAUAAUGAGUGGAGGAAGAAUGAUAUCGAAGAGACCCCAAUCAGUCAAAAUAGCUUCAGAUCUGUGGAUCCAGACCAUCCAGCGAGUCAGCUUCGUUCAAGCAAAGAAUCGCCGAUUUAUGCCUGGAAAAAAGAUGGAAAAUCGUCCAAUAAGACGCGAAGCGUCGAAAUCAUGCCCUCUGAUCCUCUAGAAGAUCAAUUGGAGGAUCUGAGACUGAACUUGUCAUUACAAAAUGAUAUUAAAAAUGAAAAUCCAGUUAAUGGAAGCGAAUCGACGCCACCUUCAUUGAAUUUAUCGAACGUUUCCUUCGUUGGAAAUUUAACAAAAGAAAGCAGCAGCCUGGAAAGUAAGGCAACGUUGGGGAAAUAAAAAUUAGAUUUAAAAUUCAGCGAUCAAUAAAAAAGUCCUUUAUCAAAAAAUUACACUUUUCAAUUAAUCUCAUUCAAUUUGAAUAAUUUCUGAAUAUUCGAUCUUAAAAUAUUUUAAUUAAAAAAUUAUUCCUAAAAAAGGGACUCAUUUACAAUAGAUUCACCCUUAAUUGUUUGAUUCGAUUUAUUUAUUUACUGUGUAAAUAUAUAAUCAAUUAUUUUAAAUUAAAAAACAUUUCCAAUUCAAAAUCAUUUUUUAAAUGAGUGUUCUAUUGAAAUAUAGAGCGUCGUGUUGUAUAUGUACAUGUAUUUUGUAUAGCUCUAAGAAUUAGAUUCAAAAAUCGAUCCUUUAUCAAUAUUUAUCGAAGCUUGACCAAAGUCUUUUUAAAAAUAAAGUUAUUGCCGAAACAUCGUGGAAUAAAAAUUAAAGUUUUUUAUAUCAAAAACGUAUUUAAAAAUAUCACUCUUACUCUAAUUUAAUUUAAUUUAAUAUCCUCGACACCCAGAAGUUCGUAAAUUGUUAAAAACUACGUAUACCGAUCAAAUUUUCCAAAUAGCAAAAUAAUUCAAGGAAUCUGUAUUAUCAGAGAAUAAUAGAAUUUCUUUGUGUCUUUACGGGCUAGAUGGAGCUAUGCAUUAAAAAGAAAAUUUUAUUAAAUUUUGUCUGAAAAAAAUCUGUUUCGCUGCACUGGGAAUCGAACCACAGAACUUCCGAUUGCUGGUUGGGUGCUUUCCCAUUAAGCUACUUAAGAGAUCUACCCUGUAAAGACGUUUAGAAAUUCUAUAAUUCUCUUAUGAUAAUGAAGAUUCUUUUAAAAAUGUGACUUGUAACACCGGGGAUAAUAAUGCAUGUAUUUGUGAAAAAAAAUCUCUCGAUCUCUUUAGUAGCUUAAUGGGAAAGCACCCAAACAGAAAUCUGAAGUUCCGUGGUUCGAUUCCCAGGGUAAGAU